AUGGAGACUCCCCUCCACUUGACUAUUGUGCUUAAUUACUGGACCUCUAUUUUACUACUCCUCUUGAUCGGCGGCCUUUCACUUGGAUCGUCCCCGACCACGUCAAAUCUAGCUGACGAGUUUGGUGAUUCCACUUUGUACCAACAUGGCAGUAUCUUGUCGCCCCUUCUGAAGGCGCUGACAGCACAGGGAGUUCCAUGGCGAGACACGACCCCAAUAACGAGACCCGAGCCGAGAUAUGUUCGAUACAUGAAAAGACUGUACAGGAUGUCUUCUAGACAUGAGAGGAGUUCGGAAGGGAACAACCAUCUGUACAACACAGUUCGACUGAUAACCCCGCGGGAUGAGUGCCUGGAACAAGGCAAAGGUGAGCUCUGAGUUUUGGCUAAAACUUCAUUUACAUGGAAAUGUAAUGGCUUGAGUGAGGCCCUUCUUACAUAGGGACACUAGUUUAAAACAGUGUACAAAACAUUAGGAACACCCGCUCUUUUCAUGACAGACUGGCCAGGUGAAUCCAGGUGAAAACUAUUAUCCCUUAUUGAUGCCACUGGUUAAUUCCACUUCAAUCAGUGUAGGUGAAGGACAGAAGACGGGUUGAAGAAGGAUUUUAAAGCCUUGAGACAAUUCAAAUCACAUGUAUUAGUCACAUACACGUGGUUAGCAGAUGUUAUUGCGAGUGUGGCGAAAUGCUUGUGCUUCUAGUUCCGAAAGUGCAGCAAUAUCUAGCAAGUAAUAUCUAACAGUUCUUCAACAAAAACCUAACACACACAAAUCUAAGUAAAGGAAUGGAUUAAGAAUAUAUGGAUGAACAAUGUCAUUAUCAGAGUGGCAUAGGCUAAGAUGCAAUAGAUAGUAUAGAAUACAGUAUAUACAUAUGGAUAGUAUAGAAUACAGUAUAUACAUAUGGAUAGUAUAGAAUACAGUAUAUACAUAUGGAUAGUAUAGAAUACAGUAUAUACAUAUGAAAUGGGUAAUGCAAGAUAUGUAAACAUUAUUAAGAUAGUAAAGAAUACAGUAUAUACAUAUUAAAUGGGUAAUGCAAGAUAUGUACACAUUAUUAAAGUGGCAUUAUUAAAGUGACUAGUGUUCCAUUUAUUAAAGUGGCCAGUGAUUUUCAAGUCUGUAUGUAGGCAGCAGCCUCUGUGCUAGUGAUGGCUGUUUAACAGUCUGAUGUCCUUGAGAUAGAAGCUGUUUUUCAGUCUCUCGGUCCCAGCUUUGAUGCACCUGUACUGACCUCGCCUUCUGGAUGGUAGCAGGGUGAACAGGCUGUGGCUCGGGUGGUAGUUGUCCUUGAUUAUCUUUUUGGCCUUCCUGUGACAUCGCGUGCUGUAGGUGUCCUGGAGGGCAGGUAGUUUGCCCCCGGUGAUGCGUUGUGCAGACCGCACCACCCUCUGGAGAGCCCUGCGGUCGUGGUCAAUUGAGACAUGGAUUGUGUAUGUGCAUUCAAGGUUGGCUCUAGCGUUUUGGGGACCUUAAGCGAGAUUUGGGCAUGUGCCCAGUAAGUAUUCUGCCAUGAUUACUACAAGUUUAGAUAGCUGGCUUAACUAAUUUACAAUCUGAAAAUUGUUAGCCGACAAUUGAGUGACUGUCAGUGACAUAACAAGCGAAAAUUACUGAUGCACAACCACAUUUCUAACUUGCACCUUGUUUAUUCUACUAUGCUAACUCUCAACAGGAAGUUGAGACCCCACUGAGUUAAUAAAUAAAAACUUUACAAUUAUUUUGGUCUGGGGCCCUAAGGGGAGCGCUUAUGUCUGGAGCUGGCCCUGUGUGCCAUUCAGAGGGUGAAUGGGCAAGACAAAAUAUUGAAGUGCCUUUUUAAACAGGGUAUGGUAGUAGGUGCCAGGUGCACCGGUUUGAAUGUGUCAGGAACUACAACGCUGCUGGGUUUUUCACGCUCAACAGUUUCCUGUGUGUAUCAAGAAUAGUCCACCACCCAAAGGACAUCUAGCCAACUUGACACAACUGUGGGAAGCAUUGGAGUCAACAUGGGCCAGCAUCCCUGUGGAACGCUUUCAACACCUUGUAGAGUCCAUGAAUUGAGGCUGUUCUGAGGGCAAAAGGGGGUGCAACUCAAUAUUAUAUUCCUAAUGUUUUGUGAACUCAGUGUAUUUGAUGUAGCCUAGAUUUUAGGACUGAGCAAUUGAACAAAAAAACCUGCUAACUUAUUUACAUUAACAUUUGAGUCAUUUAGCAGACACUCUUAUCCAGAGCGACUUACAGGAGCAAUUAGGGUUAAGUGCCUUGCUCAAGGGCACAUCGACAGAUUUUUCACCUAGUCGGCUCAGGGAUUAGAACCAGCGACCUUUCGGUUACUGGCACAAUGCUCUUAACCACUAAGCUACCUGCUGCCCUUAUUCAGACACAUUUGGCACCAAUGCAUUAGCAUCUGGGUCUGGUCUGCUAAGUUAAUUGACUGUAUGUGAACCAGAAAAAAAGGAGCGCAUGAGAUGUCGCUUCCUCUUCCAUCUCUGGUUCUACUUCUUAUAGGCCUACAUUUCCCAUGUUUCCUACAGAGUUCUUCAUGCAAGACCUCUCCUACAAUCUGGACCGUGUCAGAGCCAAGGAGCAGCUCCUGAAGUCUGUCCUGCUGUACUUUUUCGAUCAAGAGCAGGCCACGUCCAUGACUACCCUGUGUUACCUAGAUGUGAAAGAGCAGGAUACCCAGGAUCAGUGUCCUCUCUGCCCCAGUACCCAUCACUCAGUCAACUUCCUGUUCCACACGGACCGCAGGAGGAAGUGGGUUGAGGUGAUUGUUGAUUUAUUUCAAUAUAAUUCAAUGCAAACAACUUUAUUUCUUCCCUUAGGGAAAUAGUAUUAAGACUAUAAAGGGCUAUAUUUGAUCAUUUAAAAGCACAAUUCAACCACCUAUUUGGAUACACUGCAUUACAAUCACAAAGGAUGUUAAACCACAAUAAUGUUUACUUUUUUCAUUGUGGCCCUCAAGGUGGACAUCACGGCGUUCCUCCAACCUCUCAUCCAGUCCCACAAGAAAGACAUCCACCUGCUCAUCAACCUGACCUGUGUGGAGGGAAGAGGCAGAGGGGCUAAGGGUGGAGGAGAGGAGCGGAGUGGUAGGGGCCCCGUGGAGCUCCACCUAAGGUCUCCGUCCUUGCUCCUGUACCUCAAUGACACCAGCGAGCUGGCACACCAAAGAUGGCCGCCCACCAGGUCACGAGGUCAUCCGAGGUCAGCCAAUGAGAUGGACACCUUUGAGAGCCUGGUGGAGUUCAAACCGGAGCGAAGGAUCAGCCGGAGCGAGAGGAGGAGACUGAGGAGAGAAUCUCUAGAUCUGUCAACGAACAACGCAGGAGGCAAAACGAGCACGAAGACCGUCCUCCCUGACCUCCUCCCGAGUUCUGACUUCCCUACGAGCGACUGUGCCUUGUAUGACUUCAGAGUGAGCUUCAGUGAGCUGAAACUGAGCCAUUGGAUCAUUUUCCCCCACAGGUACAACCCCAGGUACUGUAAAGGCACCUGUCCCAGGGCUGUGGGGUUCAUCUACGGCUCCCCCAGACACACUUUCUUCCAGAACAUGAUCUACCACAAACUGGACUCCUCUGUACCACGGCCUUCCUGUGUUCCCUCGGAGUACAACCCCCUGAGUGUCUUAACCCUUGAAGCUGACUCCAUCGCCUACAAG